CUCAGAUGACUGCAACAAGGAAGCGCCUCUACAGGAAAUCCAUCCUCGGGCAGAAAUGGCGGCGCUCAAGUUGCGUUGGGGUGCAGUAUUUAUUUUGAUUUUUGUCAGUCUAUUCCUGACUUGUAAAUGUGACAAUGUUGAAAAUUCAAACGAGUCAGUUAGAGACAAGGACGUUGACCCGAGCGCAUCACAAGCAGCGAGUCCCGGCGAGACUCGGCACGGUGAAGAAAGCAGUACUGAAGAGGUUCAGGCUGAAAAGCAGCAGUGGCACACGACAGAGUUUGGGAUAAACGAUGCACUUGAAGCCGACAAAGCUGACUCCAAGACUCUGAAUGAUUCUCCUGGAGACAGCAAAUCUUUCACUCCACCGCCCGCUAAAGACCACUUUCAGGAGGAACUGGUGAUCCGACCCCUCCAUUCCGGAGACAUCUAUGCGAGUUUCCAGUUUGGCAUACAACUGGACACAGAUUUUGAACAAGAAGAAAAGAAAGUAUCCCACUACCGUCUCUUCCCAAAGUCCCUGGGCCAGGUGCUGUCUAAAUUCUCAGUGCAAGAGCUGCACAUCUCCUUCACACAGGGCUACUGGAGGACCAUGCAGUGGGGGCAGCCAUUCAUUCCUGCUCCUCCUGGAGCCGAGCUAUGGGUUUGGUUCCACAACACAGUGCUUAAUGUUGAUGAGAACUGGAAGGAGCUCACCAAUGUUCUGUCAGGCAUCUUCUGUGCUUCUUUAAAUUUUAUUGACUCAACCAACACGGUGCAGCCUACUGCCUCUUUCAAACCCCUGGGACUGGGAAAUGCGACUGAUCAUCGUUUCCUUCGUUAUGCCACGUUGCCACGGGAAAUUGUCUGUACAGAGAAUCUGACCCCUUGGAAGAAGCUUCUUCCUUGUGGCUCAAAGGCUGGACUAGCAGUGCUGAUGAAGUCAGAGAAGCUUUUCCACAGCAGUUUUCACUCACAGGCUGUGCAUAUCAGACCUGUCUGUAAGGAUUGGCAAUGUUCAGGCACAGCAUGGGAAUUAAGACAGACCCUCGGUGUGGUGUUUGAUCUCUACACCUCUGGCCAAGGCAAAAAGGAUUGGUCCCUUUUCAAGAUGUUCUCUCGCACUCUGACUGAGGCUUGCCCUCUAGCAUCUUCUAGCAAAGUCUACGUGGACGUCACAGACAACCCUGAGAGUGAGCUGUUUGACCUGAGCCCAGCCACACCUGUCCUCAACACAGCUGUAGUUCUGGGAGAUCGCAGGACUUAUGCUGUGUAUGAUCUGACCAAAGCAGUGACUUUUGGCCAGCUACGUUCUCUCAAUCUCUUAAUGCGAUGGAAAGGGGAAAGUGGAGACAUGCUGCGUCCCCUGCUCCAUGCAGAGCGCUAUGUGGCUGGAUUUGGACUCCAAACGGGCGAGAUACACACACUAAUCUAUAAUAACCAUCCAUACAGAGCUUUCCCUGUUCUCCUGUUGGAGUCAGUGCCCUGGUAUCUGCGACUUUAUAUUCACACGCUCACUAUAACCAGCAAGUCACGUGAAAACAAACCAAGCUACAUUCACUACCAACCUUCAAAAGACCGCUUGCGUCCUCAUCUCCUCGAGAUGCUCGUGCAGUUACCCCCUCAUUCGGUCACUGAGGUGACAGUGCAGUUUGAAAGAGCUCUGCUAAAGUGGACAGAAUACCCACCAGAUCCAAACCAUGGUUUCUACGUCGGAUCAUCUGUGAUAAGCGCUCUUGUGCCAAGUGUUGUUGCCAUGGACAUCAACAGCACUCUGGAGCGUCCGCUUUUCAGCAGUUUCUUCCAUACCAAAGAGGAGUCAAGCUACUUUGUGCGUGUGUACACUGAGCCUUUGCUGGUUAAUUUGCCCACGCCUGAUUUCAGCAUGCCCUAUAAUGUUAUCUGCCUCACAUGCACGGUUGUGGCUGUGGCCUACGGCUCUUUCUACAACCUACUGACCCGCACCUUCCAGGUGGAGGAACCUAGCCCACCGCUAGCUAAACGCUUAGCCAAUAUCAUCCGCCGCAUACGGGGAGUACCACCACUAUGAAGGACAUGAAAUUAAUUUUGGAGCUUAUUAGGCAGCUUGAAAUCUGUCGACAUCUUGAUUUGUGGGAACCCAAGGUUUUCUUAACAUGGCUGAGAGGAGAAGAUGUCAUGAAGAAUGCUGCAACUUAAAGUUUUACCAAGAACCAAAUGUUAUGGGUCUGUGGGUUUUGAGUCUGUUUACACUGGAGAAAAUGAACUAUUUCAGCAUGAUUUGGGGUAAGAGGGAUUAAUUUACAUCUGGGUAUUUAAAAAUGUACCACUGUGUAUUGGCAGUUUCUUAUUCCAUUCAUCUGGAAGACAAGCUUGCAGCAGAUAGAAAUGUGAACCCUUUAUUAUUGUACUUUGGGAAUGAGCAAGCCAUUACUCACUCAUCCAGUGAAGAUGGAAAAAAAAUUCCAUUAAGUGUAUUGUAGCAAUGUUAUUGCUGUGAAAUUGAUUUCCCUUGGAAGUACAAGGCUUGCUUGUUUCUUCAAAAAAGGGCCUUUCAUUGGAAUGCCAUUUUAACUAUCCUGAGAUAAGCAAACAAAUGCAUGUGUAAACAAGGCAAGGAUCUAAAAUGUGUUAAAUUGGCAUUUCUUUUAUUUAUAGAGCACAGAUCUGCGUGACCGAUUUCAAAUUGAGGUACUCAGUGAGCAAUAAAGCUAAAUUUACUAAAGUA